AUGAAGGUCCCAAUGUCUAAUCUUAAUUUGAGUGAAGAGGCACGUGCUCGCUUUCUUUAUCUUGCAGUAUCGACUCCAUCUGGUCGAGAAGUUUGCAAGAUAGAUUGGGAUAAAGAAAUUCUCAAAAUGUCUUCUGCAAAAUGUCCGACUGUCCAGCAAAAUUACGAUUACCUCAUCUUCGUAUUAACGGUGCUCACACUCGAAUCUAAGAAGCCCCUUUCUUGGGACCUUGGUCCUGAAACGUUGGCUCCUCAUGAGUGGCCACAAUUUUUAUGGGACUCAAGCUUGUCGCGUCAACGCCUGAUAAGAUUCGCUUCCAGGCUUAAUCCACCGGCUGUAGUGACACGGAGUUCUGGAUUGUAG